AUGGAUGCCAUCAAAAAGAAGAUGCAGAUGUUGAAGCUCGACAAGGAGAAUGCCUUGGACAGAGCUGAGCAGUCCGAGGCAGAUAAGAAGGGAGCGGAGGACAGAAGCAAGCAGCUAGAGGAUGAUCUGGUAGCCCUGCAGAAGAAGCUGAAGGCAACUGAGGAUGAGUUGGACAAAUACUCCGAGGCCCUGAAGGAUGCUCAGGAGAAACUGGAACUGGCUGAGAAGAAGGCCGCUGAUGCUGAGGGCGAUGUAGCUUCCCUGAACAGACGUAUCCAGCUGGUUGAGGAGGAGUUGGACCGUGCUCAGGAGCGUCUGGCCACUGCUCUGCAGAAGCUGGAGGAGGCUGAGAAGGCUGCUGAUGAGAGUGAGAGAGGCAUGAAGGUCAUUGAGAACAGGGCUUUGAAAGAUGAGGAGAAGAUGGAACUGCAGGAGAUCCAGUUGAAAGAGGCCAAGCACAUUGCUGAGGAGGCUGACCGCAAGUAUGAGGAGGUGGCCCGUAAGCUGGUGAUUGUUGAAGGUGAGCUGGAGCGCACAGAGGAGCGUGCUGAGUUGUCUGAGGGUAAGUGUUCUGAGCUGGAGGAGGAGUUGAAAACUGUGACCAACAACCUGAAGUCUCUGGAGGCUCAGGCUGAGAAGUACUCUCAGAAAGAGGACAAGUAUGAGGAGGAGAUCAAGGUCCUCACUGACAAGCUGAAGGAGGCUGAGACCCGUGCUGAGUUUGCUGAGAGAUCAGUUGCCAAGCUUGAGAAGACCAUUGAUGAUCUUGAGGAUGAGUUGUAUGCCCAGAAACUCAAGUACAAAGCCAUCAGUGAGGAGUUGGACCACGCUCUCAAUGACAUGACCUCCAUGUAA